CUCAAUGUCUUCUCUCGGUGCUUUCCUCAAGAAAUCCAAAAAACCUGAAAUCUAUCCUUUGAUUGGUAUCCUUAGUUGUGCUCUAGGUGGUGCUGCUUAUGUUGGUGUUCAUGCAGCCAAAGCUCCUGAUGUAGCUUGGAACCAUAAGACGAACCCUUAUCCAUGGCAAGAUAUCAAAGAUGGUGAACAAGUCAAAUUGGUUGCAUUAAACCAAAAGUAUAACAAUCGCUGGGAACGUACCAAGUGGUAAACUGCUCUUAUUAUGUAUUAUACAUCCCUUUUACAUCUCUAUUGUAUCAUAUACCUUUAUACUUAAUAAAUAAUAAAAAACAAGAGAUUUUUUGUUCCCAAA